AUAUAUCCGUCCAUCUCGUCACGGGGCCUCCCGGGUGCUGUCGUCCUCGCCACUCGAUCAGCUCCAUAGCUAUCAGCUGUGCCACUGCCUGUGCACGGACGGAGUGGCGCCACUAUCGUAUCGAUCGAUCAUGCCGACCGACCUCUCGGCGUCGCGCUCCUCGUCGUCCUCGCCUUCUUCCUCGUCCGCCGCGUCCCCUCACGGCGGCCUGCAUAGGCCGGGGGACGAGCGCGAGAAGAGGACGCCCCCGAGCCCGGGCGGCAAGCGCAGGCGGCGGCUGGCGGCGAUCGGGCCGCGGGCGAGGUGGGCGCGGGAGUGGGACCGGGCGUACCUGCUGGCGUGCGCGGCGGGGCUCAUGGUCGACCCGCUCUUCCUGUACGCCGUGUCCGUCAGCGGCCCGCUCAUGUGCGUCUUCCUCGACGGCUGGUUCGCCGCCGCGGUCACCACGCUCCGGUGCAUGGUGGACGCCCUGCACGCCUGGAACCUGCUGCUGCGGCUCCGGACGGCUUGGGCGCCGGCCAAGGAGGAGAAGGAGGAGGACGACGACGCUGACGAGGAGGCUCAGCGCGUCGGCGGCGGCGCGGCGCCGGCUCGGCUGCCGAGGUCCAAGAAAGGGGGGCUCCUCUUGGACGUGUUCGUCAUUCUUCCGGUGAUGCAGGUGGUGAUGUGGGUGGGCAUACCGGCGAUGAUACGGGCCGGGUCGACGACGUCGGUGAUGACGGUGCUCAUGGUGGCGUUCCUCUUCGAGUACCUGCCCAAGAUCUACCACUCGGUCCGCUUCCUCCGCCGGAUGCAGAACGUCGCCGGCUACAUCUUCGGCACCAUCUGGUGGGGCAUCGCGCUCAACCUCAUGGCCUACUUCGUCGCCGCCCACGCGGUGGGCGCGUGCUGGUACUUGCUGGGGGCGCAGCGGGCGACCAAGUGCCUGAGGGAGCAGUACUGCGCCGGGCGCGUCGGCGGGUGCGCGGCUGGCGCGCUGGCGUGCGCGGAGCCGCUCUACUACGGCGGCACCAGCAGGCUAGGGGGCGGCGUGGGCGCGGACAGGCUCGCCUGGGGCCGCAACGCCAGCGCCAGGGCGACGUGCCUCGACAGCGGCGACAACUACCAGUACGGCGCUUACAAGUGGACCGUCAUGCUCGUGGCCAACCCCAGCCGGCUCGAGAAGAUACUCCUCCCCAUCUUCUGGGGCCUCAUGACACUCAGCACUUUUGGGAAUCUGGCGAGCACGACGGAGUGGUCGGAGAUAGUGUUCAACAUCAUCACCAUCACCGGCGGCCUGAUCCUGGUCACCAUGCUCAUCGGGAACAUCAAGGUGUUCCUGAACGCGACGACGUCCAAGAAGCAGGCGAUGCACACGCGGCUGCGGAGCGUGGAGUGGUGGAUGAAGCGCAAGAACCUGCCGCAGAGCUUCCGGCACCGGGUGCGGCAGCACGAGCGGCAGCGGUGGGCGGCGACGCGCGGCGUGGACGAGUGCCGCAUCGUGCGCGACCUCCCCGAGGGCCUCCGCCGGGACAUCAAGUACCACCUCUGCCUCGACCUCGUCCGCCAGGUGCCGCUCUUCCACCACAUGGACGACCUGGUGCUCGAGAACAUCUGCGACCGGGUCAAGUCCCUCGUCUUCCCCAAAGGAGAAGUGAUCGUGAGGGAAGGUGAUCCGGUGCAGAGGAUGCUGUUCAUAGUGCGGGGGCACCUGCAGAGCAGCCAGGUGCUGCGGAACGGCGGGACGAGCUGCUGCAUGCUGGGGCCGGGGAACUUCAGCGGGGACGAGCUGCUGUCGUGGUGCCUGCGGCGGCCGUUCCGGGAGCGGCUGCCGGCGGCGUCGUCGACGCUGGUGACGCUGGAGAGCACGGAGGCGUUCGGGCUGGAGGCGGCGGACGUCAAGUACGUGACGCAGCACUUCCGCUACACCUUCGCCAACGAGAAGGUGCGGCGGAGCGCGCGCUACUACUCGCACGGGUGGCGCACCUGGGCCGCAGUGGCCGUGCAGCUGGCGUGGCGCCGCUACAGGCACCGCAAGACGCUCACCUCGCUCUCCUUCAUCCGGCCCCGCCGGCCGCUGUCCAGGUGCUCCUCGCUCGGGGAGGAGAAGCUGCGGCUCUACACCGCGCUGCUCACCUCGCCCAAGCCCAACCAGGACGACCUGCUCCUCUAAGAAUGGCAGACUCCAUUGCCUUGUCAGAGCGUCGCGCAAAAUGCAAGAACCGACUGUUUGGGCUGAAAUCCAGCCGAGGUUUCAAAGGAAGAAAGGAAAAUGCUGAUGCUAUUUCACACAUUUGACAAAUGUCAAUUCCCCAGGGACUGGCUGGAAGUAUUUCGCGAGCUCUCGGAAAACGCACGGAAAUAAUAAGGAAGAAAAUAAAUGCAACCCCCGUAUUCCCAGAAUGACGUGUUUUUUUUUCUUUUUCCAGGCUGAUGAGAUUGCUUAUAUUCAGUAAAGAGUCAACGCGUUAGCCUCCA